UUGUCUUUCCGCCUGCUAUCUAUGGUUCGCUCCCGCGGGGCGCAUGCGCAGCUCCUUGCCGCGCCGGCCGGCUCCACAUCGGCGGAAGGGCGAGCGGAGAGCCAGAGAGAGAUGGACGGCGCCGGUAGGGAUGAGCUCGACAUGGAAGUAAUGAAGCCUUUAAUUGAUGAACAAAAUUCAGAUGGCGUUUCAGAUGAAGAGCAUGAUACUAUCCUGCCAGUUGAGAAGCAUUACCAGCUUGAGAAUGAAGAAGGCAUUACGUUUAUACAAACUCUUAUGCACCUCCUCAAGGGGAACAUCGGGACUGGGCUUCUUGGUCUUCCACUUGCAAUAAAAAACGCUGGCGUUGUGAUUGGACCAAUCAGCCUUGUGUUCAUAGGAGUGAUAUCUGUUCAUUGUAUGCACAUCUUGGUACGUUGCAGCCACUGUCUAUGUCAGAGGAUGAAAAAAUCCACACUGGGGUACAGCGAUACAGUUAGUUACGCCAUGGAAGUGGGACCCCUGACUGCUCUUCAGAAACGAGCUUCUUGGGGGCGGUAUGUUGUUGACUUCUUCCUAGUGAUAACACAACUGGGAUUUUGUAGUGUUUAUGUUGUAUUCUUGGCAGAAAAUGUGAAACAGGUCCAUGAAGGAUUAUUGGAAGACAAGACUGCUCCCAUAAAUGUCAGUACCACCAGCAGUUCUUCUGAGAAAAGGAGUACUGAUUUACGAAUAUACAUGCUGUGUUUCCUGCCAUUCAUGAUCCUCCUGGUCUUUAUUCGUGACCUGAAGAGCCUGUCCUUCCUUUCAUUGCUUGCCAAUCUCUCCAUGGCUGUCAGCCUGGUGAUCAUUUACCAGUAUAUUGUUAGAGAUAUAGUAGAUCCUCGGAAACUGCCUCCUGUGGUUGGCUGGAAGAAAUACCCACUGUUUUUUGGGACUGCAGUAUUUGCUUUUGAAGGAAUUGGUGUGGUACUCCCAUUGGAAAACAGAAUGAAGGACACCGCACGUUUCCCACAGGCGCUGAACAUUGGCAUGGGAAUAGUCAUGACCUUGUAUAUCUCCCUGGCCACUCUGGGCUAUCUGCGCUUCGGGGAUGAAAUCAAAGGCAGCAUUACUUUAAACCUGCCACAAGAUAUAUGGUUAUAUCAGUCUGUAAAAAUUCUCUACUCCUUUGGGAUUUUUGUGACCUAUUCGAUUCAGUACUAUGUGCCUGCAGAGAUUCUCAUUCCAUCUGUCACCUCCAAAGUGGAACAGAAGUGGAAGUUACUCAGUGAGCUUGUGGUGAGAGCACUUUUAGUCUGCUCAACUUGUGCUGUAGCGGUUUUGAUCCCUCGUCUGGACCUGGUGAUUUCUUUCGUGGGAGCUGUCAGCAGCAGCACUCUGGCACUGAUUCUGCCGCCUCUGGUCGAAAUUCUCACUUUCUACAAGGAAAACUUAAGUUUAUGGACGAUAGUUAAAGAUGUUUUUAUAGCAGUCGUUGGAGUUGUUGGAUUUUUAACAGGGACAUAUGUGACAGUUGAAGAAAUCAUUUAUCCUGCAUCUACAGUGGUAGCUAACGCGACAGAGAGCAUCUCUGCGGGUUUAAAUGUUACAAACCGGAUGGCUGGUUUAUAGUAAUAACCAGGCACUGUGAACUAUUUUGUUCCUUAACAAGGAACCCCAGAUGGAUGGCAAACCUACAUAUGGGACAAAUUCAGAUGGAAUAUGUAUAUAUUUUUGAAAAAUAGCAUACAGCCCCUUCUCACUCUGUUGUUUGUUCUUUCCUUUGUUCUUUCCCAUCUGCUACCUGAAUUAACCCCUUUGCUCUCAACCUCUGUUCAUCUAGUGGAAAACUGAAUUGAUGUCAGGAUUUAAAAUGUAGCCAUGAAAAUAGAAGGCUAAUACCAUGAUAGGUUAUUUGCAAGAAAAAAAUAAUUUUUAUAAGGAAGUCAAGAUGCUUUUCUCCUCACAAAAGCUGAAAGUCAGUCCAUCCAUCAUAUCUAGGCCCCAAGUCCAGGCACUGCUGUUCUCACGCCAGCUCUGUUGUAAGGGUUCAAGUGGGAGCUCAGUGAUGACCGUCUCUUGGUGAAUUGCACCCCGGUGAACCAGAGACGCUCUAGUCUUAGAAAAGAGCAGCCCUGUUUUUCAUUUCCAUUUCAUUUCCAUUCUGGGGACUUGAAUGUUUGCUGUCGAAAAACUUUUGGGCGGUUGCAGUUGCCUGGCUCGGGUUCCUGGGAGCUGGUAUGACUGGAAUCAGAGGGCUCUGUGCAGAAUGACCAUUACUCCUGUUCAGUCUUUUCCCAUUGACUCUGAAGGAGUUUUUCAAGCAACUGGAACGACCAAACCCUUCCUGGUCAGCAUCACAGACCACUGCUGCUGGUGGGUUACACGACAGUAAGCAUAAAGGCUUUUUUUUAUGCCAAACAUUUUAAGUUGAAAAAUAGACAAUCCUGUAAAGUAAGGUUUAGACAAAAAGGUUGGGUCUUUUAUUAGACCAAAAGGUAGCUAGUUAGGAGUGUUCUUGCCAUCUUGCAUGAUCUGUUCCUAUAUGUUCCUGUACCAUGAGCUGUUCAGCAUGGCCAGAGCUCCGCUCCAAGGAGAUGGCGACGGAUACUCCGUAGAGCCAUGAAGCUCUGACUGCCCAGAGCAGAUUAAAGAUUCAAGGCAUUAAUUUCUGUAUGAGAAAGGAAAGAAUGAGACACUAUUUUCUGCAAUGGAGCUUCUGCUGUACUGUCACAUGUAUAAGCUGUGGGUUAUUUGUGAGAGAACUUGUGAUUCCCCAGGGCUGUGAGCAGCAGGGGUGUCUGCUUGGAAGCCCUUUCUCCUGCCCGCACCACCUGCCACAGGUUGUCUGAAGAAGUGGGUUAUCUCCGGACUUGCUUUCAACUACUGGGACUUUGUAGAGAGGUGUGGUUUAUAUGAGAUGGAGAGUAUACAUGUGGAAAUAUGAUAUUUUUUUAGGAAGUAAUAAUAUAUAUCCCCUUUGGAUUUUGAAUCAAAAGUUACAGGAUGUAUUUUAGCAGAGCAAUAUUACUUUCUUUAGCGAUGCAAAAACAUUCAACACCACAAAUGAAAAGUCAUUUAUUUUUGAACAUUUUGGUAACUGCUGACCCAUUUUUUACACCAUUUCUUUAACCUUAAUUUCAACUAUACAAACAUAUGAAAUACUGUAUUUUUUUUACCUGUUGCUAGAAGUCUGUAGACUCCUAAUGUAUAUUUUUACUGGAACAUAUAAUAAUUAUUUUUGCAUUCUUAUCUUCUGUCUUAAAUAGGUUCUAACAUGCCCUUUACUGAUUUUUGCUGCUUCUGUCCAUUUUGGAAGAAAAAAAGGACGAGUUGAUAAGUUGGUAAUUGGGUAGAAAUUAGUAUUGUUCAGGAGGGCUGCAUGCUGAGUCCCCAGCUGGAACCCUGGUUUUCAGGGUUCAUAUUUGACUUUCUCACUCAUGCCUCAUAAAUGACUUUCACUCUAAAUACUAAAGCUAUAGUUUUGGUCUUGUUUUCUAAAAACACUCUAUAUUUUGUACAGUAAUAGAACUGUAUUUAUCAUACUCAUUUCUGUUACAAAGAAACUCCUUUUUGUAAGGAAUAUAUUUAAUUAUAACAUUCACUCAAGAAAUAUUGUAUGCCAAAACCUCUCUACUGUAUUCAUACAAACUGAGAUAGAAACAUAUGUAAUAUUUUACUUGCCUUCAGCAUAUUCCUCAGAAAUCUACCAUUUGGUAAUCAACCAUUUGGCGCUACAAUGCUAGAAUAAUAUACUGCUAGAAAUAUCUGUAUUUUCUCUUGAGAGUAUUUCUCUAAUCGUCUACCAUGUGGUGACUGCAUUUGAGCACUUUCACCUCUGUGUGAAUAAGGGCAUUUCUGAUAGGGAUUGGUUACUGCAUAUAGUUCAAACCGAAUGUAUUUGUUCAAGCAAUAGUCCUGAGCAAUUCUCUUUUUUUCAUUUUAGCGUGAACAAAGUUAAAUACUUGGCAGGCACUUCAAAGUAUAGAAUUAACCUUUCAUGUGAAAGUGCCACAGAGGAGCAGACACAGGUAGUUAGCAGAGAGGCAAAAGGUACCUUCAGCUUUUAGUCUUACAGCUUUUCUAGUCUUUAAGCUGUUUAAAAAAACAUUGAAUCUUAAGUUUUUCCAUCUGUUUCAAAAUGAAUCUGUUGCUUACCUAAACCACAUGCUGGUAGAAUAUAUUUCUAUGCAGCAUAUUUUACUUGACAUUAAAUACUUCUACAUGGAACAUUUUUAGUAGGACUGAUAGGAUUCAAAUGAGAGACGUUUUUCCUGUUAGUUUUGCAUCUUACUACCAUAUGUGUUUGGAGAAUAAAGGACUGUCAAGUCCACUCAUAUCAUCGGUUCUGCAUCGACUGUGCCCUAGCGAGCAGCUCUGAGAAGGUGCCUCUGCCAGGGUGCAGGAGGACUUGACCAGUUCAGAGUUUAGUGGUGAUUUUUGACUGGUGCAAGUGAAUAUUGGCAUGGUUCCAUCAAUGAAGAUUUGCUGAGCUGGGAACUAGAGCAUAAAUGGGUGGCCUUGGUGCCCAGGAGAACACAACAUAUCUUCUUGAAAGUCAGGCGACUUGUUUAAAAGGUUGGUACGUUUGAACAACCUCAUCUUAGCCAUCAAAGUUUGGAUAACCUGGCCCAAACCUGGCCCAAAUACAAACGCUGACACAUCUUAUGCCAUGUCUGACUAUGGACCAGCCUGUCAAGGAGCAGAUUCUCAGACACAUGUUGCCACUGGCCGACCAGCUAUGAAGUAGCACAUUUGUGCAGUGGGCCAGUGUUACCGUGUCUGACGAUGUUGUAUCUUUUGAAUCUUUAAAAUGCUUAUUAAUAUGCUUUGCACAAUGUCGAUUUUCUCCUACAGUGUAGGAUUUUCGUUAUUUCAACACUCACAUAGUGCAUUCAUGUGGCAAACUCUUUCAAAUGGAAAGAGUCAGGAAACAGAGUAUCUUGCUUUGGAUAAGACUAAAAUGUCAUGUAGUGAAAAACUACUAAGUGUGAAUAAUAAGAGUGUUCCUGUGAAACAUUGCCAAAGAUUUAAGAGACAGGAAAUUCUGACAGAAACCUCUUCUGAAUAAUAAGAGUGUUCCUUCCACUUUUAAAGUACUGUAGUAUAAAUUGCAAGUUAAGAUGCAGGGAGUGAAACUGAGAGAUUUAUUAGGUGUGGUUUACAUUAGUACAUAUUUAAGAUGGAAAUCUACUUUAGCAUAAGCUAAAUUAAACUGAAAAAUGUAUGUGAUUGGAUUAUGUUCCUGACAAGGAACUGAAAGCUAUUGUAUUUAUAUACUGUACGUGCACUUAUAUUUUACAGUAUAAUAUUGUUAAGAGUUUUUGUGUAAAUUAAUCAUUAACUGCACUAUAAGUAACUGGAUUGUUUUCUUGUCUGUAACGGUUCAUCCUCAAAUAUUGGGGAAGUAAGAGGGUGGGUUUGCCUAAUGUUCUGUAACUUAAAUCUUCUGUAUUAAUAAAGAUUACUGUAAUAUUAUCCUGCUAA